CCCAAGGUGGCAAGGUCUUCAAAGCAAACCCUGGAACUCUGGAAGAGUCGAACCACUCAACCAAACUACCGAAGUACCAAACUUGCAAUUACUUCUUCACCAAUACAAUUACACACCCUUCCAAGACCAACCAAAUCUUCCGUAAACUAUUAAGCACUACACUACACCUGAAUGCUCUCAUCUACCACUCAUCAUCUCCAUUGUCUUCUCAAAUUUCACCCUAUUUCCCCUUCAUCUCCCAUGGCGCGUGCCAUGACACGCGCACUCCCUCUUUCUCUGAAACCCACCUUCUCAAAGCCCCGUUUUCUCUCCUUUUCACCCACCCAUAUGAGAGUUAAUCCUUCUUUUAAACCUUCACUAAUUUCUGGGUUGUGGGUUGGUAAUGAAUUUGGAAAUGGGGGUGAUUUUAGGGUUUUGGGAGGUUUGGGGAUGAGGGUUUGUUGUGGUGGUGGUGGUUUUGGAGGAGGAGAAAGAGGGUAUAGAAAAGUCAGGAAGAAGUUUGUGAAAAGUAAAAGGAAAGUUAAGGACUUGGAGUUAAGUGUUAAGAUUCUUAUUGAGGAGGGUUUGCCUAAUGACCCUGAAGUUUUGAGCAUAGCUGAAAUGCUCCGACUAAAUGCUCCAAUGGCAAUGAAGUUGGCAUUUGACGGACUGAAGAAUCCAGAGCAUAAAACUAGAGAUACAACAAUAAAUGAUGUUGCUUGUUUUGAAACGAUUGAAUUAUCAUUACUUCUAUGUAAUGAUGAGUUUAUUCGAAAACUUAACAAAGAAUGGAGGGAUGAAGACCAUGCAACUGAUGUUUUGUCGAUGUCCCAACAUAUUCCAGAACUUAAGUUACCAAUUCUUAUGUUAGGUGAUAUUGUUAUCUCUAUCGAAACAGCUGCUAGACAAGCAGAAGAACGUGGCCAUACGCUACUUGAUGAGAUACGCAUUCUUCUGGUUCAUGGCCUACUUCAUCUUUUGGGUUUUGAUCAUGAGCUAAGUGAAGAAGCUGAGGCAGAAAUGGAAAAGGAGGAAGAGUUACUUCUGAAUAAUCUUGGCUGGCAAGGAAAAGGGUUAAUUAGAAGUGCAUGUGAUGCAGUAAAUGAUGGGAGUCUGCAUGUUAAAGAUCCUGAUGACAGGAAGAAAGAAGGCAGUCUUCGAUUCUACAGGCCGAAGUUCAAAUAUAUCUUCUGUGACAUGGAUGGUACUUUGCUGAAUAGCAAGAGUCAGAUUUCUUCAGCAAAUGCAAAUGCUCUAAGAGAGGCAUUGUCAAGGGGUGUCCAAGUGGUCAUUGCCACAGGAAAAGCUCGUCCUGGUGCCAUAAAUGUAUUGAAGACCGUUGAUUUGGUUGGAAGGGAUGGUGUUGUCUCUGAAUCAUCACCUGGUGUUUUCUUACAGGGGUUGCUUGUUUACGGAAUACAAGGCCGGGAAAUAUUCAGGAGGAGUUUGGACCCAAAUGUUUGCAGAGAGGCCUUCGCCUAUUCUCAGGAGCACCAUAUCCCACUUGUUGCAUUCUGUGGCGAUCGCUGCUUAACAUUGUUUGAUCACCCUCUCGUAGACUCGCUCCAUGAUAUAUAUCAUGAGCCUAAGGCAGAAACUAUUCCAUCAGUUGGGCAACUAUUGGCUGCAGCUGAAGUACAGAAACUGGUUUUCUUAGACACUGCUGAGAGAGUGACAACCUCUUUAAGGCCGUAUUGGUCAGAAGCAUCUGGAGAUCAUGCUAGUGUUGUACAAACUGUUCCAGACAUGCUCGAACUUGUUCCCGAUGGGACUUCAAAAGGAAAUGGUGUAAAAUUGUUGCUUGAUCAUUUGGGAGUUACUUCAAAUGAGAUUAUGGCGAUUGGUGACGGGGAAAACGACAUUGAAAUGCUCGAGUUAGCUAAUUUUGGAAUCGCUCUUAGUAAUGGAUCAGAGAAGACAAAAGAUGUUGCUGAUGUGAUCGGUCUAAGCAACGAUGAAGACGGAGUGGCUGAUGCCAUCUAUCGAUAUGCAUUUUGAGACCUGAGCUUCUUGAUCAAUUUGAGAGGAUGUGCAGCCAUUUUCUGAUGAUGCACAAUGUAGCCAUUUUUCAAUUUUCUCUCCUAAUUAAUAUUUAUCGCAUUCAUUCCUGAUUCCAACAAGCAAUAAUCCAUUAAAUUUACCUGCUAGUUUAAAGCAGCAAUAUAUAGUUUCAUAAUCAAGUUACCAAAAUUUUGUAAUGUCUCAAUUGAUUUCAUUCUGUUAACAUUUUUAUGUGUUCUGAGAAUGAAAGGCAAUAUGUUUUCCCCAAUGAAAGUUAUCUGGCAGAGUUGCUCUUUGCAUUGUA